AUGCCGUUUCACGAUAUUGGAUAUGCGAAUGUUACAAUUGAUAGUGCUGUGUCGCGACCACUGCCGAGAAAUGUGACUAUUGCGAUAUUGGCCAUCCUGGUCAUUUUGUUAACAGUCUUCGGAAACAGCAUCGUCAUCAUCAGCGUCGCAACGUUUGAACGACUUCGAACGAAGACGAACUACAUCGUGUUAUCGUUAGCGGUGGCGGAUCUCCUGGUGGGGCUGUUCGUGAUGACCCUGGCGUUGAUCUAUGAACUUUGUGGUCAGUGGCCGUUUAAGAGCGCUGUAUGUUACAUGUGGCUAUCUAUGGACAUUAUGUGUUGUACCAGCUCAAUUCUACACAUCUGCUUUAUUGCAAUAGACAGACAUAUAGCAAUUGUUAAACCCUUGAAAUACGGUAUUCUUUUAAGCGAGAAAAUGGUGGGAGCAAUCCUGUUUAGCAUAUGGUGCCUGAGUUUUCUUCUUUCCUUUUUACCGCUCCAGUUAAAAUUCACGGAGGAGGAAAACUACAGAGGACUUCAGAUAAGAAAUGAACAAUGUUAUUACAUAACAAACAAGUUUUAUUCACUGGUUAUAUCAAUGUUGACUUUCUAUUUCCCGUUCUCUUUAAUGAGUUUUGUUUACUGUCGAAUCUUUAAGAUCGCAAAGUACCAAGCCACGCGCAUUCACGCUCAAAAUAUCGGCAUCAGCGUGAUUGAAACGGAGCAGAGUGUUAACGUGACUAAUGAUAAUAACAGCGGUAACCACAUCUCUCAGCCUGCGGCGACCAACAACAGCUCCAUCCAUAGAAAGGAAUACAAAGCAGCGAGGACAUUAGGGCUGAUCAUGGGCUGCUUUUUUGUUUGUUGGUUUCCGUUUUUUCUCAUCCACACCAUCCACCCGUUUAUCCCUACGUUUAUUAUGCACGCGGAAAUCCCCAAAGCCGCAAUAUGGCUAGGCUUGUGGCCCCGUGCCUCAGCACGCGGAAUGACGUGGUUUGACCCAGGAAGUAGACAUGACCUAGUUUCACAUGUGAGGGGGUUGGGCACGAGUAGGCAGGGUAGUGUGGACGUGUUUUAUUCUCACACUGACCCCGAGAGCUUCACACUGGGGUGGUACAGGAAAAGUGAGUAG